AUGGUAAGAGCACUGAUCACUAUGAUCACCACCUCUCCUCUUCUUCUUCAAGCCUUCUUCAUCCCCUUCCUCCUCUUAUCAUCAAUACUAAUUAAUGCUUCCAGUACUAUCAAUAUCAUCGAUCAUGGCGCCAUAGGGGAUGGGAAGAAAGAUGAUAGCCAAGCAUUUGUAGCAGCAUGGAACAUUGCCUGCAAGUCAUCAGAGCCAACAACAACAAUAUAUGUACCAUCACAAAAAAGGUUCUUAAUUAGCCCAAUUUCCUUCCAAGGACCAUGCAACAACUCCAAAAUCACAUUUCAAAUGGAGGGAACCCUUAUUGCUCCUGAUUACAAGAAGAUGUCAACUUCUACUAAUUAUUGGCUGAUGUUCAAUGGUGUUCAAGGGGUAUCCAUCAUCGGAGGAUAUCUUGAUGCCCAAGGCACCAGCUUGUGGGCUUGCAAAGCUUCAGGGACAAAUUGUCCCACAGGUGCAGUGUCACUUGCGUUCUACAGCUCCAAAGACAUAUUAAUUCAAAAUCUGAGAUCGAUGAAUGCCAAGUUGUUUCACAUACUGGUACAUUCGUCUCAAGAUGCUGUGAUACAAGGAGUUAGAAUCGAUGCCCCGGGAAAUAGUCCAAACACAGAUGGUAUUCAUGUCCAGAAUUCCGUUAAUGUACGGGUCUUCAAUGUCGGUAUCAGGACCGGAGAUGAUUGCAUCUCAAUUGGACCAGGAACUCGAUAUUUGUUGAUUCAGAAUGUUACAUGUGGUCCUGGACAUGGUAUAAGCAUUGGGAGUUUGGGGAAAGAGUCAAAAGAAGAAGGUGUACAAAAUGUGGUGGUGAAGAAUGUGGUGUUCAAUGGAACUCAAAAUGGGCUAAGGAUCAAAACCUGGGGAAGGCCUAGUAAUGGGUUUGUGACAACAGUGCUUUUCAAGCAAAUUGUGAUGAAAAAUGUCCAAAAUCCGAUCAUUAUCGAUCAAAAUUACUGCCCUCAUAAAACGAGUUGCCCUAAUCAGAGCUCAGGCAUUCAAAUUAGUGGAGUAACAUAUACAAACAUCGUCGGAACAUCAGCAACUCAAGUUGCCAUGAAAUUCGAUUGUAGCAAAACCACUCCAUGUAACCAGAUCAGUUUGGAAAGUAUAAAGCUCACGUACAAGGAUCAAACUGCAAAAUCCUUUUGCAAGAAUGUGCAUGGAACAGCUGAUGGUGUAGUCUCUCCGCAGAGCUGUGUGUAG